GAAAGGUCAGUCGCACAAGCCCCGUGAAAAGCAUUCUGGGAUACAAUAUGUAAACAUCAACCUCAAACCUGUAAGACGCGAUAUACAGAAUGCGAAUUUGAACACACUUGAUUUUAUUUAUUUAUGAUUUUGCCUUUUAAUACAAACGGGGGCACUCGACUUCGUGAUUUAUCGGGAUGUGACUAUGCUGUCAAGAAGCGACAGUACUUCUGUGCAAGUGUCAGAAUGCUAGCAUCCAGUUAGCUCGCUGCUGGAUCACAUUCAUGCGCUUGUAGUUGUCUUACAUUACGACGGAUUCGUUCAUUCUUUGUUACCGGCAGACCAGACUCCUCUUCCUACUGUGAAGGAUGGGUGUAAAAACCUUCACUCACAACUCCCCCAGUCACAGCCAGGAGCUUUUGGACAAGCUCAACACCCUACGCAGUGAGGGCCACUUCUGUGACGUCACUAUCCGAGUACAGGGCCAGAUGUUCUCGGCCCACAAGGUAGUGCUAGCCUGCUGUAGUGACUUCCUUCGAGCAAAGCUGUCUGGGAAGCUGGCUGAAGAAGACACUGUAAUUGUAGGCGAAGAUAACAAACAUGUGCUGGAUCUCCAACAUGUGACGGUCGCUGGUUUCGCUCCUCUUCUGGAAUACGCUUACACAUCCACCCUGUCCAUUAGUACGGAGAAUAUCAUUGACGUACUAGCAGCAGCUAGCUACAUGCAGAUGUUUGCGGUGGCCAACACUUGCUCUGAGUUCAUGAAGUCCAGUAUCCUGUGGGGAGCAGGAGGUCCUGGUAGCACCCAGCCUCCAGUUUUACACAGGCCCCAAGAGACCCCUGAAGGCCAUGCGAGCUGCACCCUCGCUCCUGUAGAUGCCCUCUCACCAUCUCCGGUCUCAUCUGAGUGCAGUGUACCAGAGCGGCCCAUCCCUGUGUGCCGUGAGUCUAGACGCAAGCGUAAAGGCUUUGCAAGCCCGCAACCAGCAUCCUCAACCUCUCCACAAGUCCCCAACCCCUCUCCAUCCUCUUCCUCCUUCCCAGAGAGUUCAGCGCAGGCUCUGGAACCAUCUCUGACCUUCUCCUGGACAUACCCCUUUGGUGUGGACCGGCGGUUUGCACCAGAUAAGUCAAAACUACCCGAAAGUCUCCUGGAACCAUCCGGAGCGUCUGUGCAGGACUCUAGUGGACGGGCUUUGGUGGAGUAUCUGGCCUGCGAGGGCCCACGCGGCCUGGGCGUGACUGGGGUGGAGGAGGAGGAAGAAGAGGAUGUGCAGGUGAAGGUGGAGAGGCUGAGUGAUGAAGAAGUGCAUGAAGAAGCUUCUCAACCAGUCAGUGCUCCACACAGUUCUCUGAGUGACCAGCAGACAGUUCCUGGCAAUGAACACACCCAAGAGGAUCUACUCAUCAGCCCUCAGUCCUCAUCCAUUGGCUCCCUGGAUGAGGGGGUGACAGAAGGUCUCCAAUCCAUGCAGGGCACUCCGAACACUACUGGUCACAUGGAAGAGGAUGAGAGACUGGAGAAUAUCCAGUACCCAUACCACCUGUACAUUAGCCCCUCCACUCGCCCAGGACUCAACAGUCCUGAACGGCCCUUCCAGUGCCCUACAUGUGGCGUCCGCUUCACUCGAAUACAGAAUCUCAAGCAGCACAUGCUCAUCCACUCUGGUAUUAAGCCAUUCCAGUGUGACCGCUGCGGGAAAAAGUUUACGCGGGCUUACUCCCUGAAGAUGCACCGGCUGAAGCACGAAGGUAAACGCUGUUUCCGGUGCCAGAUCUGUAGCGCCACUUUCACUUCCUUCGGUGAAUAUAAGCAUCACAUGAGGGUGUCUCGCCACAUCAUCCGCAAGCCUCGGAUUUACGAGUGCAAAACGUGCGGCGCCAUGUUUACCAACUCCGGCAAUUUAAUCGUACACCUGAGGAGUCUCAACCAUGAGGCAUCAGAACUAGCAAACUACUUCCAGACCAGUGAGUUCCUCCUCCCAGACUACCUGAGUCACAUGCAAGAGGAAGAGGGGCUGGGACACUUCGAGAUGAGUGAGCAGACCUUUGAAGCUUCUUCCUCCUCUUCCUCAGUCCAAACACCAGUUAUCUCUCAAGUUUCCUCUACCAUGAACUAUGACAGCCACACUUCUGCACCUCCUUCCCAAACCCCGAACCCCAGGUCAGGGCUCGGAGGAGAGGCCUCACAAGUGGAUCAUCCGAAGUCCACUGCUGCUGUGACCUCUCUGCAAGACCCAGAGGAAGACGAGGGAGAGAAGGACAGAGGUGGAGGAAAAAAGAAGAAAAGUCUAGUGUCAAUUACAAUUGAGUGAAAACGUUCCAUACCUGUAAACAUGUAUAAUAACAGUCAAUGUCCUGUUGCACACAGAAUACUUCUGUUGUUGAUAGCCUAUUAUACUCUCAGAAAAAAAAGGGUACAAAAGCUGCCAUUGGGGCAGUACCUUUGAAAAAGGUACACCUUUGUACUUUAUUUACCUGUAAAGAUUAAUAUCUUGAAAGUAUUGAUGCCUAAAAAGCACUGAUUAACGGGCCCGGGAUCGGAAUUAGCCCAUUUUCCGUAUUCAGUCUGGACCGGUGGCUGGCUGGUCAGUAAACUGGGGGGUAACCACAGGUCUUAAUAUGCUUGUCUGGGACAAGCCAAGUAGAUAGACCUCCAAAAUGGUGCUUGAACUCCAAAACUGUGCGGGAUCUCCACAUGCAAGAGUUAGUAAAUGUCUUUACUAAAAACAGCAUUUCUUUCAUAAAGUUGAAUUAAUCUUACAAAAAAAUGUAAGCACAUGUGAAAUAUAAAGUUAUAAAAUAUGCUGUAUAAAUAAAUAUGCUUUUAAACAUGUUUAAUGUAGCUCUCCUCUGCCCUGUCCCACCGCAAUACGAUGCUCUGGAGUUAAACCCGAUAAAAGCUGGAUCUUUGGGGUGAUGGCUCCAGAUCAAUUUGUCUGAAUGGACAAGAAGCCUGAUUAAAACGUAAAUAACAAAAAUAACCAGAGAAACUUGGCCAUCAAAAAUGUUCACACAAGAAUGAUUGUGAUUUUAUUGUAAAUGGAGACUGAUAAUGUAUUGAUGACUUGAUAGAUGAGCUUGCACAGCCUGUCUGAGUGAGAGAGAGAGAGAGAGAGAGAGAGAGAGAGAGAGAGACUCAACAGUAACUCAAAGAACAAUAGAGAAGCAUACUGCUGUAGAAGAUAAGCAACAUUACACGACCAAGAUGUUCCCUCAAAUAUCAAAAUGAUUGCAAUGUGACACUGAUUUUAUACCAUAGAAGUCCAAUUAACAAUUUAAAAUUAAGUGACUUUUUAGUCACAUUAUUGUCUUAAUGGUUUUGCUCAAUUUCUCUGCUUAAAAUAAUUCCAAUCAAAGCCACGUCAGAGCUGUUGUGUCUCCAAAGCAACUCAGCAGUAUUUCAUUACCAAAUGAAUCCAUUUUUUAAUGAAUAGGGUGAGUCAAAGAUUCAGUAACCCAUUUUUAAAUGCAGUCAGUUGCCUCGUUUAUGAAUGAAUCAGCCAUUUGAACAAAUAGGUUGAAUGAAUGAUUAAAUGACCCACUCAUUAAAACAGGCUUUUGCUGCUAACUGCUGGUGGUUUGGCUUCAUAUUUAAAAGUAUCCUUGCUUUUUUCCCCAACAUUUCGUAUUUGUAUGUUCAAAAAAUAUUUUUUUUAAACGUUAAUCUCAUGACAUUAGUUAUGCAUUUGUAAUUUUGCGGUGUAAAUGCAUGUAUAGCACCUCAGCCUUAUAAAACAUCUAAUGCCACUUCAGAUGCAGCUUCUGUUUCUUCUGCAGUGGAAGGAUAGAGUUUGUUGGCACUGAUUUCAUUUGAAUGGUAACAGUUCUACAGUUCCUUAUUAUUCUAACUGAAUAAAUAGGGGUUAUGCGCAACAGACUUCUGUAUUCUGUUAACCUGGUGUCGCGGCUUCCGGUUCAAGCAUUUUGCAUAUGCUUCGUUAAAUAUGAAGCGGUUUUACUAAAGAUGCCUUCAAAGUAGAUACCAAAGAUUAUCAUAGCCAAUCUCCAUCACAUAUGCGGAAUUAUAUCUAAAAGUUUAUUAUUUUUAUUAUUUUCACUAACAUUUAUAUAAAAUACAUAUAUAUAUAUAUAUAUAGUCUGACAUAAGUCAACAAUAAAAAACAGCUGACUACUUUACCGGAAUAUCUUAAAAGUCCAUAGUUAUUGUUAUUAUUAAUUACGGUUGUUAACACGUUCUCUGACAAGUGGAAACAUUGAGAACUGUUUUCUGGGUUUGGUCCGGUGACGUUCAACAUAUACCCUAUUGACACAAUUUAAGAAUUUGAUGUGAAAUAUGAGACAUACAUUUAAUAAGGUUAGGGAAAAAAUACCCAUUUCUAAACAGUGGGAAAUUACAUAUGUUUUGUUAUAUACAGCAGUGGUUCCCACUACAUAAUUUACAUAUAUCUUUUUUUUUUUUUUUUUUUUUUUUUUUUUUUUUAAUGUGGUUGGGAACCACUGAUAUACAGCAUCUAAUUUCUACCUCUUUUCCAGUCAGAGAUCACAUUAUCUUCAUAGUUGUUUAAGUGAGAGAACAUCUGUAACUUAGUCAAGAUUGGGGCAAACUUUAAUGUUUAAUUAUUUUUUAUUAUACAUUUGUAUUGAUUUUAGUUUUUAUACGAUGCCAAUUAUAGUUAUUUGAAAGAAAACCAGAAUCGGCAGGUCACACUUACAAAAAAAUGGAAUCGGCCAAGUAAAUUGCAAUCGGUGCAUCUCUAAUUGGCACCCAAACGGGUCAUUUUAGUACCUUUUGAAAAGGCAACACCCCAGUGACAACUUCAAGAUUUUUCUUUUUUCUGAGAGUUUAUGAUUUAACCGCUUAAAAACUUGGUGUUUCAUUAUGAAAAAAUGCAAUGCCUUUUAAUUUGUGGGGGUUACUUUCAAAUUGUUGUAGUGUCACAUUUGAUUUGGAUUUACAUACAAAUCUCUCUACAAGAUGAUCAUAGUUCUAAAUUUAAAAAAAGAAAAUUAAAACUUUUUAUUUUUAUUAGUAACCCAUUAAUAUCUGUGACUAAUGUUUUUUUUUUAUUAUUAUUUUUAUUACAUAAUUGUUGUUUUUUAGCCGCUUUGUGGAAGUUUGUUGAAAAUAAUCAAAUUGUAUAAUUUUUUUUUUUAUUGUUGUUCAAUCAUGAAUGAUGGUCUCCAUUUAUUAUGCGACUUCCUUUUCUCCUAUUUCAAACAAGACUUGGAAGCUUCAAUCCUCUGAGGACCAUUCCUAAAAUGUGAAAGACUGUGUUACUACUUCCAUGUGUGUUCAGAGCAAAAACAAAACACACUGAAUCCGAGUGGCACAAAACAACCAUGAAACCCUUGUGACUGACUAAUCUGAUGUGCUUUAGCGUGUUGUUUUGAAUAUGUGUAUAUGUGAAGAGUAGCACAGUUUUCCUAGCCCUCAUUUCUGCUGUAUGUGUAAUGCUGCUAAAUUUUUGUAAACUGUGCCUCUUGCCCAGCUCUCCGAACCACUCGUCAAUUUGAUCUAAAGAUCUGUAUGUGUAUUCUUUAAGUUUAACAUUCUUUUUUUGAUCGUGACAUAUGGAAGAAAUGUCACAUGGGUCACAUUUUAAUAGAGUGGAAGGAAGGUAAUAUUUCCAUAACCUUUCCCAUUUUAUUGCUGUUGGAAUUAUACUAUGGAAUUUUCUCCAUUACUUGAUGCCAUAGUUGUAUGUGCCUAAUAGUCUCCCAAACAAAGUUUAUGAACGCCUUGUGACUAUGGCAUGAGCCUUGAUUGAAACUUUGGAAUAUGUAGCAUUUGUUUCGUUUGGUGGUUGUAAUGAUCACAUAUCUUCGUUUCCUUCGUGUGAUAUUGCACCUGGCAAUCAGUCAGUCUCCAAGCUGCUCCAUUCCAAUAUGAUUUUGUAAGGAACAAAAAGUUUUAAUUGGUGUUGUGCAAUAUUGUUUUAGAUGAUUCACGCGGUCCAAAGUAUAAACGUUUUAUACUGCAGUGGACAAUGAGCUGAAUGACUGAAGGUAAUGAAAUAGAGGAAGGGGGCUAGUCGAGGGAAUACCCUAAAGUAUGUUCUCUUUGAUAAAAUGUUCAUAUGAAUUGUUAAUGUACAAACAGCAAAAGAAAUCGCAUUGUGUUACAUAAACUAGAUUGCAAUAUCGUUCGCUGAUGUCAUUUCCCUCGAGACAGUCUCCCGCUUAUCUCACUCUCUCCAUUUUUGUGACCGCCGGCUGUAGCUCAAACUCAAUUACUUCAUGGUCUGAGAGCUUGUAGUGACGCAUUUAUCCAGAAGACAAUAUUGGAUGUCUGUCCCAGAUUGCUCUUUGUGCCACCUGCAUGUUUUCUGUGCAAAAUGAAAUAUGGGUAAAAAAAAAAAAAGAAUAUAGCAUGGGUUGAUUCGUUUGUUGGAUGUUGUUUCAGAUAUGUGAAACUACCAUUUUGUAUACAAUAUUCAAUCUUUGGUGUUCAGUUGUUUGAGCAGAAAGAAAGAGUGAUAUUUCAGUAGUCAUAAUGCUUUUUUUUCAGAUUCUGUAUCGAUGACCGUUACCUUAAAAAGUGUCAAUUUGUACAUUUGUAAUAACAAUGUGAGCGUUAGUAGUUUUUUGACUUGAGCCUGUUUGCUUUUGUGACCAUGUCUUAUUGAUAUAUACUCUAUAUUCUUUUUUUAAAUCCUAUAGUUUUAGUCGUAUCUUGUGCCUUUUGGAUAUUGGAUCUUUAUUGUAUUUUAAUUGGCAGAAACAUGCAUUGAUAUGAAUUCAUAAUAUUUGUAGACAGAAUGCUGGUAGACUUCAAAUGUAGCUUGAAACUAAAAAUAUUUUUGAAGUGCUAUUCAACACAUGGUUUAAACUGUAUGUUUGUGUUUAUUUUCUUAAAGACAAAUGUAUUAGUCGUUUUGUAUCUCUUCAGUGGUUUUUAUCAUCUGUUUCUGUGCCAAUUCAGAUUUAUUGAAUGAUGUUUUGUAAAAACAUUACGUACAUCAAGUUUUACAGUAAAUGGUUACAGCCUAACACUCCCAA